AUGCCUACCAUUCCCAUUCCCACCACAGUUAGUCCUCAACAAGGUGGUACGAGUUUCAUAGGUGGGCCAGAUCCUAUAAACCAAGUUCAAACUUUAGGUUUGCCACCGGUUCAAGCCUCAGGUCUGUUUAUUGAUCCUCGUGACUUUUUCUUUCUUCUUGGCUGUGGUGACAAAAGUGUUCCUGCAAGAUGGUUCCUAGCUGCUGUAAGCAGCAGUGUUGUGCUAGCAUCUGAUGCAUCUCUCCCUUCUGUACUAUUGCAGACUGCUGCACUAAUUCUGCAAUCUGAGCCACCAAGUCUGCUGUUGUUUUCUACCUUGCCAAGCCCAACCUCCAGACCUGCACACCCUUCACAACCUCUAGACCUGCACACCCUUUCACAACCUCCAGACCUUGUGCUCUCCCAAAGGCCAAAGCCUCUGUUCCUUUCUCCCAAAGGCCAAAGCCUUUGUCUGCUUAGCCUUCUAGUGUACUUGAUCAGUACAUCUGAAUUUCCCCAGGAUUCUUCAAAGUACACCAGGUCAUGUCCAAACUAUAUCGCUCUAGGAAAAGAUCGAGGUAGCCAAGGUCGUGUAGGAAAGUCCUCACUUAGGGGUGAUUUUGCUCGUCAUGCAAACAUGCCUACCAUUCCUAUUCCCACCACAGAUAGUCCUCAACAAGGUGGUACGAGUUCCAUAGGUGGGCCAGAUCCUAUAAACCAUGAUCAAACUUUAGAUCCUGAAUUAUCUCACAUUGCACCUGAUCUGAGCAGCCCAAUAGAUGAGGGUACAUCAAACCAGAGCAACACUAUCAGCGAAGAAGAGUCCAGUAGUCGUCGUAGGCAGCGGACACUUACACUUGUUACUCUUACUCCUGCAAGGUUGGAACCUUCUAAAGAAUGCUCUAAUACCAUAUCCGCAUCUUUCAAAAAUCAACUUGAUCCCAAUGGAAUCAAUUGGAAAGGUGUCUCAGAAGAUACUAGAGAUUUUUAUUUUGGGGAAUUCAAGACAUACCAUUGGGACUCUUCGAUUCCUGAGAGUGUAAUCAGAAAACAUUGGAAUACUAAGGCAGCAACAAAGUAUAGGAAUUUCAUUAGCAAAACUAAACAAAAAAGGAUUAAGCCGGAUUAUGUGUCUGAUAAUGUGUGGGAACGUUGGUUGAAACUUUGGGCGGAUCCUAAGUGUGUUGAAAAGUCAGAAAUAAAUGCAAAGAAUCGUUGUGGAGGGAAAGAAGUGGCUGUCGGGACUCACACAGGUGGCUCUAAUUGCAUUGGGGAGCAUCGCAAGAGACUUGUUGUUGCAAAGGGUCGAGAUCCAACACCAGGUGAGGUACAUUUGCACGUCCAUACACAUGAUCAUGAUGGAGAAUCUUUUGUUGAUGAGCGUGCCCGAGCUGUCCAUGAAAGAUAUCAAGAAAUAUUACGGGAAAAAUCACAGUCUCAGUAUGAUAUUGAUCAAUGUAAAGCAUAUUACGAAGCUGCUGGGGGAACAAGGAAGAGAAGAAUAUAUGGUCUUGGAUAUCAAGCACAAAGUUAUUAUGGGCCGAAUCUUUGCGUCAAUUCUGGCUUUAAUGCUUCAGCAUCAGCAGCACCUUCAACUUCUCAAUCAGCACCGACAGAAAAUAUGGAGGAGUUAGUGAUGCGAUUGAUUCCUACACUGACUGAUCGCUUUCUUCCUUUAUUUAUUGAGAAGGCACGUGGAGUAAUUUUUUCACCAUCACAUCAUCCAAAUACGCCUAUCGACAAACCAUCAAUUGUGACACCCAUAGUGCCUCCUCCUACUACUGCUAAUGUUGACGAUAUUGAUCCUUUAGUUUCUGAUGAUGAUCGUAGUCCUUCACCCAUGCAUUAG